AUGUACGGCACGUGCAGCUUACCCGCCUGUGGAAUGCUCGAUAUAGGCGGCACGAAAGAAUACAUAGCUGGCCAGGCCACUGUUCGCGACACUGAGGCCCCGGAGGAGCCGCUGUCGCAUUCCUUCUCCCAGCCUCCAUUAGCGCACUGCACGCCACCAACGCCCCAUCGACAGAAGCGUCGCCGAUCCCUGUCUCGCGAAAUCGAGGCUCAUUUCUUCGAAAAUCAAAAGCAUCACCAACAAAAAGCUAGAGUCCCAACGGCUCAGGAACCACCCCCUGCUUUUUCAUACGCUUCUUCUGCAUUUUCCGUUUCUACACGCCCUGCAUCCAUUUACAUCCAUAUCCUGCAAGCUGCCAUUUUCACGACUUUUGACGACCUUUUGCUUCACGAAGCAAAUCUACGGCGAAGAGACAUUGUCUCUCCCCCCAUUUACGACUUCGGCCCCGACGGCGAUUCUCUGACCUCUGAACUUAGUCCAGAGCUUCUGCCUCCCAUCUAUAUAUCCCAGCGACGAAAUAGCGGGCCAAUCAGCCUCCUCUUCGAAGAGAUAACACCUCCAGACGGACUGAGCAGCAGAAACGAAGAGACGGCAUCGUUUUACCGGAAAGUUCCAGAAACAAAACACAUCAAAGCCGUGCGUGCGACAGGCGAAGGGAGGUCACGACGAGGAUCCUCUCGGGAACACAGUGUCCCAUUUCAACGCCCUCGUCGAUUAGGGCAGGCAAAGUCGCGGCACUCCGCGCACCGAAACCGCAAGGAUGGGUCAAAGCGUGUCGAGCAGCAUGUCAUGGCUGACAAGCUUGCUGUUCUCCAAAAAGGAAAUCCGGAUCUUGAUCCUGGGACUGGUACGAUUUUGCUUUGUUCUGUUGCCAAGGGAAAGCACGAGAGUGAGGUGGACAGUAGAGGGUUAUGGACCAGACAGGACAACGCUGGCAAGACAACACUCCUGUACCGGCUCAAGAUUGGCGAGGUGGUCACAACGAUCCCGACAAUCGGCUUUAACGUCGAGUCCGUGACAUACAAGAACCUCAACUUUAACGUGUGGGAUCUCGGCGGCCAGACGUCUAUCCGGCCCUACUGGCGGUGCUACUACGCGAAUACCUCGGCGGUGGUGUUCGUGGUCGACUCGACAGACAUCGAGCGGCUGCAGACGGCGGCCGACGAGCUGGCGGGCAUGCUGAACGAGGAGGAGCUCAAGGAUGCGGCGCUGCUGGUGUUUGCCAACAAGCAGGACCAGCCGGGGGCCAAGGGCGCAGCAGACAUUAGCGAGGCGCUGCAGCUGGGCCAGCUGCGGGACCGCAACUGGACAAUCAUAGCCUGCUCUGCGGUCGAUGGCACGGGCGUGAACGAGGGCAUGGACUGGCUAGUGGUAAGUUGA